AUGACCGGACCACGAUCUAGAGCGGAGCCAAAGCGCAGGUUUUUGAGUCCAGUGUGGAAGGGAGUCAUACGAGGAUUGGAUUGGACUGGACUGGACUUGUAUCUAUCUAGACUAGUAAGUAGUCUAGAUACGGAUUACUACGGGCGUGCUAGGUUGGUUGGUUGGUUUGGUUGUGGCUCCGUCUUCGUGCAGCGACCUGCAUACUGGUCUCGCCCUGCAGAGCAUUUGCCGGCAGCAGCGUCGUGGUCGAGGUCGUCGUCGCUAGGAACAAGCUUCCCGGUCGGAGACGAGGAAAAGUCUUAG